AUGGAGGAUUCCCCCAACAUGGAAACGGAAACCCAUCAAGCGCCGGACAGUGAUUUUGCGCAUUCUCCCUGGGUCGAGCUAGGUGCAUUCACCUCGCCCCAGCACUCACCGCCGAUGCCCGAAUAUAGCGGCUUCGACUAUGGUCCAUCGCCGCUGAUGGCGGUGGAUACUACAUACGGAAUGUCUAUACCGCCGCCAUACGCCUCGAUGCCGCUCCCAAUGCCCUCACACUCGUGGCCUAGCAUGCUCACCCAUCAAUCUCCCUUCCAUGAAUCGGGUCUGCCCCCAACCCCCAUUCCCACCUCCGUAUCGCCUACAGCACCGCCUCCUCAGGUUCGAAAAACCUCGACUGGUGGCUCGAAUCCACGCCGGACUCUUACCGACGAGGAUCGUCGACAGAUGUGCUUAUACCAUGAAGAGAACAAAACAGCCAAGCAAACUGAUAUUGGAGCUUUGUUUGGGGUGGAAAGAAGUACCGUUUCCAAGGUUCUCCGCCAAAAAGAAAAGUAUCUGAACCCAGACGACGGGAAUCGGUCUCCUAUCAAACGAACCAAGGGCCGCGUUCCCGACAUCGAAAAGGCUCUGUCCAACUGGGCUCGGAACUUUCAGCGCCAAGGUUAUCGUCUCAAUGACGAGAUGAUCAAGGAGAAGGCGCUUUUUUUCGCCAGUACUUGUGGAUGUCCCGAAGGCAAGGACAAAGUGCUCACGACCAGCUGGCUUGAGAAAUUCAAGCAAAAGAACAGCCUCAUGGGCGCAAAGCCACGCAAAGGUUCUCAGGAUGGGCGGAGCGGGCGAAGAAGCGGGUCCAACAGCCCAACGCGCAUCAACACCGACGUGCAGAGCCCCGGACGCUCCCCUGCAGCUUCUGCCUCGCCGACCAAUGGGUCCCAUGGGUUUGGUUCCCCCUUGUCGCCCGCACGGAGCCAAGAGAGCGUGAAGAAAGAGCUGUCGGAUACACUGCCCGAAUUAACGGGCGGAUACCAACAGCAUGGCCACUCGCAAAGCACGACCUCCCUGGAUACGACCUCCUCCGCAGGGAUGACAAGCCCAACGUCCACGCUCGUCUCGGAUAGUCCCUUCACGCCCACCAGUCAAUCCCGCCUCUCCGGCUUGAAUGGAGCGCGACCGCGCAGCCAGACCUUUCCUUUGGUCCCCAUCGAUCCAGGCCUGCUCUCGGCAGAUGACUCGCAAACAAGCAAGGUGGAGGGUUCGGUCUCGGUGGCCAUCCUGGAGUCCCCCAUCGAUAUGGACGAAACAUCCCGCCCAGCCAUGAAGGGCUUCGACCCCACCAAUGUGAUCAAACGAAACCGCAGCAACCCGGAGAUCAAGGUCAAUUCGAUGCAACCGCCCCCGAUGUUUUCCAAGUCCACCACGGUGUCACCCAUUAGCGCCCCCGGCUCCCCCACUCAGGAUGAGGCCCGCCGCGCGUUGGAGCUCGUCAUGAACUACUUCCAGCAUCAGCCCGCCGGCCUGGCGGCCCAGGAGUAUGUCACGAUCGGGAAAUUGAUGGAACGCCUUGAGUUAGCCAAAGGCCAACAGACCACCCUGUUGGGAGGGUUGACUCGCAUUGAUGAGCAUGAUGAUGGCCCCCGGGUCAGUAAGAAGCGGAGUAUCCACAAUCUCGGUUGA